UGACGUCGCCCCAGCAGGAAGCCGGAGUAACACCGGCGGCUGAAAGAGAGAUCGCGCUGUUGCUGCACGGACGCCUUUUGCUGCAGCACCCAGCCAUGGCUGCGUCCGUGCCGUGAGAAAAAAAGCGGUGUGUGAUUCUUGUCAUCUGGCCAGUAUUAUACCGCUUUCCAGCUACUCGUUUUCCUAAGAACUACACGGUAAAUCUGCGGGAUUUAAGCCGCCGCAAAGCAGUACUGAAGGCUUGUGAUUUCUUUGGCCAUGUUUGCCAAAACCUUCAGGGUGAAGUCCAACACUGCUAUCAAAGGGUCCGAUAGGAGGAAACUGCGAAGUGAUGUUGCUGCAACUUUCCCUAUGCUUACCUCUGAGCAAUUAUCUGAGAUUUUGCCAAAUAAAGAGGAGCUGAAUGUGAUUAAACUGUACACUCACAGAGGAGAAGCUCUCACAGUCUAUGCCAAUAGCAGAAAUCCAGUCCUUUUUGAAAUAGAGAAGACACUGUAUCCCACAGUAUACACCCUGUGGUCUUAUCCUUACCUUUUGCCAGCCUUUUCCACGUGGCCACCAGUUUUGCAGAAACUAACAGGUGGAGCAGAUCUAAUGCUGCCAGGGGUUAUAGUGCCCUCUUGUGGUCUUCCCGAGGUGAAUCGGGGUACUCUCUGUGCUGUUACCUUGGUCGGAAACAGAGCCCCUGUGGCCAUUGGAGUAGCCACCAUGUCCACUGCAGAGAUGACUGCAACUGGAAUGAAAGGAAAAGGCUUCACAGUGCUGCAUACAUAUAUGGAUCAGUUAUGGGGGCUUGGUGACAAGUCAUGCCCACCCACAAUAGCCCCUUUAGAACUAGAACGUUCACAAAACGAGGGUACUGAAGAAGAGGAAGAGAAGAGUAAAGAAGGGGAGCACCGGCUUCCUGAAAGCAGCCUCACAGUUGAUCCAUCCUUGCAGACACAAAUUGAAGACCUGAGCAUGGAGGAUGCUGUUCAGUUUGAUGAUACAAGAGAAAAGAAGGAACCCAGUGAAAAUGAGGCUACUGAAACAACUGAGGAAGAUCACCCAGAUGUUCCUCAGGAGGCAGAAAAUAGAAGUCCACAAGAGCAAAUGGAUGCAUUGCUCCAUCAAUGUUUCUUUCAUGCCUUAAAAUGUAAGGUCAAGAAGUCAGAGCUCCCUCUGCUGACAAGCACCUUUCUACGGAACUAUAUGUUCUUAUGCUGCCCAAAAGGCCAGCAACUAGACAUGAAGAAAUCUAGCUACAAAAAGUUCUCUAAGUUCCUGCAAUCCAUGCAGCAGCAGAAGGUCAUACAGGUGAAAGAACUGAAUAAAGGGGUGGAGAGCAUCGUGGCUGUAGACUGGAGACACGAAAGCAUUAGAUCCUUUGUAGUACCAGAAACAGCAGAACCCGAAUUGUCUGUCCAGGAUAAUAAAAGUGGUGAUGGAGAACAGCUGUACCACCCUCCUGAAAUCAUACCCCUCUAUGGUGUCUCAUCAAAAAUGGCUCCUUUGUUCCAGGAAUCUGGAUAUAAGAAAGGUCACACCUUAUCCAGCAGUGAAGUGAGGAGUGCCAUUAUCAAUUAUGUGAAGAUAAAUGAGUUAGUUGACGAAACCAAUAAAAACUUUGUAAAAGUGAAUCCUAUUUUGUGUGAUUGCCUGCUGAACAAAUCAGAGCAAGAUGAAGUCUUGAAACUCAAAUGGGAUGACCUCCUUAGCAGGUGUCUGGACCAACUGCAGCCCUUCCAUCAGGUGACCGUUUUUGGACAUGAACCUAUCGUUAGGAAAGGAAACAUUGACCCCAUUGACAUAAACCUAGCACAGAGAUCAUGUAAUAAAAAGGUAACAAUAAUUAAGAACCUUGAGCUGUAUGGUCUAGAUCCACAGGCUGUUGCUAAUGUUCUGCAACAGAAAGUCCAGGCCAGUGCCACUGUCACCCAGCUCCCAGGAGCAAAGGACAGAGCCCAGGUCCAGAUACAAGGCAAUCAGAUCAACCAUCUUGCUAAGUUACUAUUGGAGAACUACCACAUACCUCGGAAGUACAUCAAUGGCCUUGAGAAGGCACCAAAGACAGGCCGAAAGAAGUAGCCAAGCCCUGAGAACAAAAGCAAAGCUCCAUAAUUUAUAUUUUAUUCAUUACAAGUGAGUAAUUCCAUUGCCUUACCUCUAAAAUAAUGAUUUUUAUUUAAAAGAUAAAAUAAAAAUACUUUUUGCCAAAUGCUUUGUUGAGCUGCCUAAGUUCACGUUAAUAGUUUCAGCAGCAGCUCCCGUGG